AUGUUCCCCAAAGCCUCUCUCGCCGCUCUCACUUUUGCCGCUCUCGCCUUUGGCCAGAACGUCGGUACCUACCAGGCUGAGAACCACCCCAGGCUCCCCUUCCAGCGCUGCACUGUCUCUGGCGGUUGCACCACCGUCUCCACCGGCCAAGUCGUCCUCGACUCCAACUGGCGCUGGACCCACCACAAGGACGGCUACACCAACUGCUACACCGGCAACGCCUGGAACACCACCGUCUGUCCCGAUGCCCAGACAUGCGCCGCCAACUGCGCCGUCGAUGGUGCCGACUAUGCUAACACCUACGGCAUCACCACCAGCGGCGACGCCCUCACCCUGAAGUUUGUCACCACCAACUCGAACGGCAAGAACGUCGGCUCUCGUGUCUACCUCAUGGCAAGCGAGGAUAGGUACGAGGCGGUCAAGCUCCUCAACCGCGAGUUCACCUUCGACGUCGACGUUUCCAACCUUCCUUGCGGUCUCAAUGGCGCUCUCUACUUCUCCGAGAUGGAAGCCGACGGCGGUCUCUCCAAGUUCUCCACCAACAAGGCUGGUGCCAAGUACGGAACUGGCUACUGCGACUCGCAGUGCCCGAAGGACAUCAAGUGGAUCAACGGCGAGUCUAACUCCGUUGGCUGGACCGCUUCUGCCACCGACCCCAACGGCGGAUCCGGGAAUUUCGGUACCUGCUGCAACGAGAUGGAUAUCUGGGAGGCCAACUCCAUUUCUACCGCCUUCACCCCCCAUCCUUGCACCGUCAAGGGCCAGUACCGGUGCUCUGGCGCCGAGUGCAAUACGCCCACCGAGCGCUACAAUGGCGUUUGCGACCCCGAUGGCUGCGACUUCAACUCCUACCGUCUGGGCGACACCGGCUUCUACGGCCCAGGCAAGACCGUCGACACCACAAAAAAGUUCACCGUCGUCACCCAGUUCAUCUCCGACACGGUAGCGCCACCGGCAGGCUCAAGGAGAUCCGCCGCAUCUACGUCCAGGACGGCAGGGUUAUCCAGAACUCCAAGGUCAACGUCCCCGGCAUCUCCGCCUACGACUCCAUCAGCGAGGAGUUCUGUACCGCACAGAAGUCCGUCUUCGGCGAUACUAACAGCUUCCAGGCCAAGGGCGGCAUCGACGGAAUGGCCUCAGGUCUCAACGAGAACGGCAUGGUCCUUGCCCUCUCCAUCUGGGACGACCACCACGCCCACAUGCUCUGGCUCGACUCGACCUACCCCAUUGGCUCCACCAAUCCCGGCGCUGCUCGUGGUACCUGCCCCACCACUGGUGGCGACCCCAAGGACGUCGAAGCCAACUCGCCCAACGCUUCCGUCACCUACUCUAACAUCAAGUUUGGUGAGAUCGGUUCGACUUACAGCGGCUCGACUGGUGGCGGCCCUAACACAAGCACCACCCUCCCUCCCACCACGACCACGACCGCGCCUGGUGCUACGCAGACGAAGUAUGGUCAAUGUGGCGGCCAAGGAUGGACUGGUCCCACCGUUUGCGCUUCGGGCUCGACCUGCACCGUCUCCAACCAAUGGUACAGCCAGUGCCUGUAAAAAUUGUCUUUCGUAG